CUCCUGUAUCCGCCAAGAAACAUUUACCCUCUGCAUUCAUCUACCGGUUCUGUAUUAACCAUAAUACUUCAUCCAUAUUUUUAUCUAUUUCAUUCAUCUCCGUCUUCCUGCAUCAACAAUUGGAUGUCGAAACCCUAAUCUUCAUUCGUCAACAAUUUACAGCGUCCAUUCCUAUAAAGCUUAAAAAGUCAGGUGACAAUCUAUGGUGAUAUUUAUGACAGCUACCAUGAUCUUGCAGGGGACGUGCCUUGCCCUUGCCUUUGCCCUAAUAAUUUUUCAUCCGUUUCUUUUUUCCUUUCUACUCCAUCGACCCCCCCCCCCUUUUCUCCUACCUCUCGAUCUGCAGUAGAAGAUUAUGAUCUUCAAAACUCGUCUUGUGUUCUCCCAUCCGCAAUUGAUGAAGCCGCCGCCGGCUUCAAUGACUCCGUCGUCUUCGACGCUUUCGCCAUCUUCGACGCCGCCACCAUCGACUCCAAUUUUUCCAGUCUAUACAAAUGGGUGUUUGAGUUUACAAGAAGUAGAGUCGUGUUCAUGUACACAACUAAGUCAUUCAAGGUUCUAGAGGAUUGUUCAACUGUUUUGGUGCUGCAAGUAUCUGGAGGUAUAUGA